AUGAACAUGGAGGUCCGGGCGCUUCAAGGAUCAGAGAAGCUGCAACAAGUUACAGAGCUUAUUGGUUUACUUGAAAAGGAUCUAAAGGAUAAAUCUCUAAAAUCUCCACACCUUUUGACCAAGUAUGGGGUAAACGGUGACACUGUAGAUAUACGGUGUGCUGCUCUGCGCUGUGUUGCAAAUGCCCUGCUCUUGGAUCCGGAGAUGCGGCAGCUUUUUGUUGAGACAGGCUAUGGUGGAAGAAUAGCGGAAAUGCUCAAGUCGGAUUCCUCAGAGGAUGAAAUGGUGACUAGUCGCAUACUAUUCCUCUCCACUUACGACACUACCAUGGAUUUUGAGGACCUCAUAAAUAAUCAUAGCUUGGGAGAGAAUGUCAACUAUUCAGGGAAAAAGCCUUUGUCUCAGAUGGAUGAGUUGGCUCUCACUGAUACCCUGAAACUUAUAUUCAAUGUUUCCAAACUAUAUCCCGAUCUCGCUGCAGCCUUUGCGCCUUCGAUUCCUUACAUCUUUAAAAUCAUCAGCCGUAUAGACAUUCCAGAAAAGCCAUUAGAUGGCCUUCUCAGUUACCUCAUCAACUGCUUAUCCACCCUUGACCUAGAAAACAAGAAGGGCAAGCCUUUUGAGAACAGCCCCCUUUUCCCCACCUUUAAUCAGAACUGCAAUGUUGAUAAAUUGAUCAACAUCCUGGACCAAGCAACCUCCCUAUACAGCCCGAGUGAUCUUGAGACAAAAGCCAUUCCGCUCCUCCACUCGCUUAUAGCCAUCUAUGAGCUAGCGCCAGAUGGCCCCCGCAAAUAUAUGGAAUGGCUGCUUCUACCAGAAGAUAAUGAUCGGAGUCGACCUAUUGGACAGUCCGACACACUGUCAUCCAAAUUGCUCAAACUAUCCACUGCACCAUAUGCGAACUUGAAAACCGCUAUCUGCGAGCUCAUGUUCACGCUGUCCGGGAAGAAUGCGGAAAACCUUACCAAGAACAUCGGAUAUGGGUUCGCAGCGGGUUUGUUGGCAUCUCGAGGCAUGGAGAUCCCCCAGACAGCGGGAGAAGCAUUUGCGGCAGAAAAGUUCGAUCCGGAGGUUAAUCCGAUCACCGGGCAGAGAUGGGAUGCAGAAAAACAGGAUACCGGCCCACCUAUGACCAAAGAGGAAAAAGAACGAGAAGCAGAGAGAUUGUUUGUACUUUUUGAAAGAGCCAAAGCCAACGGGUUGCUCAAUGUAGAGAAUCCGGUGACGCAGGCCCUCCAAGAGGGGAGAUUACAAGAACUUCCUGAUUCAGAUAGUGAUUAA